CAUCACAAGACGCCAUAUGAAGAUGUCUGUCCUCCAUGUUCUUGUAUGUGCAGUCCUCUACACCAGUGUUCCAAGACUGUAUGUACACAGUGCAAAUAUUUCAAAUGGGAAAGAUGCAAAACAGAGUACUACUCACACUGAUCACACAGGCACCUCUCAUGGUGCUGAUGGGGCUCUUAAUAGGUCUUAUGCUGCAUUGGGAUCAAUGACACUUCUUGGCAGCUCGUCCUGGUUGGAAGUGGACCUUGGGGUUACUUCAGCAUCACCAACAUCACGAUCACAGCAGCCACUCAGUGGGGAUGGCAUGUACACAUGCCAAAUGCCUACGUGGAGGGAAUGGACAAGGAUGUCAGCCUCUGCUCUGACGUCCAGGUGGUGUGGUGUGGAGCAGUGCCCAGCUCUGUUGCUGCUGGGGAAGAGUUCACCUUCACCUGCAACGCCACGUUCCCCGUCCGCUUUGUCCGUGUCACAAGGAGAUCUCCUGACACCGUAGGUGUACGGAUCGGAAUUGGACAUAUCGAUAUACAAGGGGAGGGGACAAAGAAGCCUUACCGUUCCUACUACACAACGUCCAAGAAAAGACGUCCGAGCCGUUCCUGACCACGUCGGCCAUGACUGCUGGCGAAUGUGGCAUCAUUUGUCAAAGGUAUUAUUCGUGCAUCGACUUCAGCUACAGUGCAACAGCACCGACUGAUGAAAACUGUCUCCUUACCCACAAAACAUUGUCGUCAUACUACCUUGACGAUAAUUCUUGGACAACCUACAUCUUGUCCUGUAUGUAAUCUUUCAACUCAAAAUACGGCAUGCUUCAUUCAAACUUUAUGACAUUGUACUUUAAUGCACUC